UUCUGUUUUUAAAUCGUUCAAAAAUACGCCCCAUUUACUUCCACUCAAAGUGCGUCACCGCAACAUUGAUUUUUGAAUUGAUUUAUUUAAAUGUAUAUUUUUUUCAUUGCUAUUUAUCUCACUUAAUUCGAUUCCUAUUAAACACAGGCAUGUCCUUUUUGUUUUGAAAUCGUUCAGAAGUACACCCCCGGUGUGUCUUCUUCUUUAAAUAGCUCGCUCUUGACUGCUGUAUUCGCUUACGGCCAUACCACCCUGGGUGCGCUAGUGAGCUGAACAGGAAGUGAGUGGACUCAGUGAGGGAAGUUCGAAAAGUUUGUUUGGAGAAGUUCUUUCUUUCUUUUAUUUUAUUUUAUUUUUUUGAUUUGAGUCUGGGAUAUAAUUUAAGGAGUUAAGGAGGGAGUUGGUGGGGGCUCUCUCCCCAAACAGCGCUCUGCUGUUUGGGGUACUUCUGGAGGUGAAGCUACACGCGAGGAGCUACGGGCAAGAUGGAGGUAAACAAAGAGAAAGAUAAGGGGUUGGCGAGGAGAAUGGAAGAUGGAAACAAAGAAACAGGUUGAAGUUAUGAGAAGAAACUAACAGUGAUGGUAGAGAUUGUUGGAAAUGAAAGAAUUACGAUGAUGGAAUUAUUGCGGAAAGUAAAAGAAGAGUGUGGUGAAGUCAUUGGCUGUAGAUACAAAAAUCCCAAGGAGUACGAGUUGACUAUGAAUGAGGAGAAAGGGAAGAAGAAGUUGCUUGAUGGAAUAAAAAUCCGAAGUGGGAGUAUACUGGCAAAGGAGAUAAAUAACUGUGAGACUGUGGUUUCCUUUUUGAACCUACCCACGUACAUAAUGGACGAGGAGAUAAUAAAGAAACUAAUAGACUGGGGAGUAACACCGGCGUCUAUAGUUAAAAGGAGGAUGUGGCCAGGGACUGGAAUUGCUGAUGGGACGAGGUUCCUAAAAGUCAAAUUUACGGAGAAGGUAAAAUCGCUUCCGUACUCUACAAAGUUUGAAACUGUGGGUGGAACAGAGCACUUUCGGGUAUUGCAUGACAGGCAAGUAAAGGUGUGUCGCCUGUGCAUACAGCCAGGACAUAUGGUCAAAGAAUGUCUGAAUUUCAAGUGCUACAAGUGCGGUGGACAAGGGCAUUAUGCACGGGAGUGCAAUGAAGGGAACUGUACUGUGUGCUGGAAGGAAAAAUGACCUGUGUGUGUGCAACAGAGCAGAAGAUGGUGACAAGGAAGAUGCGGGAGACUCUGUUGAUUUGUAUGCUGAAGUGGAAGAGACCCAAAUAUCGGGUGGUGAGGACGGAGGUGAUGAGUGGAGUGAGCUGGAAGGCGUUCUGGAAGGAGGAGGAUCUGGGAAAAGUAGCGGAGAGCAGAAUAACGCAAGAGCUGGGGUGGAUAACGAAAUGUCAACCAGCGGUGGUGGGGGAGAUAAGAGGGAUGAGAGCAAAAACAAACGAGAAAGAGGAUUGAGAAAAGGAGCGUCGGCGGGAGUACAAGGAGGAACAGGAGAAGGAGAAGGGGAAGAAAAGAUGAUUGUGCAGGAGGUUGUCUUGGUGGACAUAAUAGACACAACAGGGACAAAUGUGCUUAAGAGGAAAAAGGGGGAAGGUGGAGAAGGCAAUGCCAAAAAACUAAGAGAUGGAAAUGAGAUGGAACAAAGGAGAACCAACCUCAAGAAGAACUACCUGAAAGAAGUGACGGUGACGGUGGAUAUCUGUAAUGUGAAUGCAAGGGCAGAAGACAUCAUAAAAGCGAUAGCGGGAAAGAUCGGAGAGGAAAUGUCUUGGCGGUAAGACCCAAACAGAAUAAAGAGUAUGAAGUGACCUUAGAAAACGUAGAUGUUGUUGAAUUGUUGGUCGACGGAUUAAAAAUAAAGGAGAUACUGUGUGAGGUGAAGAAACAGAGUCUGCAAAACAGAGACUACGUUGUCUCGUUCAUACAUAUGCCCGCGUACAUUGACGAUCAGGUAAUUGUAGACAAACUGGAAGGGUGGGGAGUUACCCCAAUUUCGGAUAUUAAAAGACGCGUAUAUCCGGGCACGACCGUGGAAGAUGGCACAAGGUUUGUUAAAUCUCGUGUCCCUGAGGAAGUCGUAUCUCUGCCGUACACAAGGCUGGAAAUGGCUGAAGGGCUGCAAUAUUUUAGGGCAAUGCACAGACAUCAGAUUAAAACCUGUCAGCUGUGUAUGAGCCCUGAGCACGUUUUGAAAGACUGCACCGAUUUUAAGUGCUACAAGUGCGAAGAGAGGGGACAUUUUGCCAGGGAUUGUAACGUGGUCAAGUGCCCAGAUUGCAAAAAGGUUUUAAUAAAGUGUGAAUGUUGGUAUGAGGUUGAAGAGACUUAUGUGCGUGGGCAGACACCCCUGAAUGUGUUUGUGUGUCUGUCUAAGUGUGUUUGAGUUAUCUAUACAUACAGGGAAGAGUGUGUGCGUGCGUGCCUGCCUGCCUGCCUCUCGGUGUGAGAGACACCGUGUUUGGAUUACAGGGAAUUAUAAACCCUCUGUACACAUACAGGUAUAGUCUUUUGGAAAACGAAAGCCUCCAAAAACAUCAAGGUCUUUCUCAAACAUUUUGGAUUCGCAACAUUGUAUAUUUGGUAGAAUGAGUACAGGAGGCUGAGAGCGAGGGAAAUAUCAGUGCCCCAUCAUCUUUGACCGUGUCCUCUCCAUCCAUCUGAAUGGUAACUGAGCCACUGGUUAAAGGGUUCCCGUCUUCACAGUCUUUUAGGACGAUGGUUGGGGUUGGGUA